UGCAAUGGCGUGAAACCUUGCCAGACCUGCCUCAGAAGAAAACUCACCUGCUCGUACACGCCCAACAACGCUUCGGAUUAUGGACCGGGUGAGUCUGCUGGGUCACCGAUGAAGCGGCGACACAUUGAGACGUCGCCUCCCUCCAUCUCCGCCACACUCGAGAAGGCCAACAACAGCUCGCCCCUGGCCCGUGAGGUGAUGCAGUCUUGGGAUGAGGCGCGGGCCGCCCAGCCAAGCCAGGCCUCGAUAGGCGGAUCAGCACUAUCGUCGCCGACAGCACCGUUACCGCCGCCUCUAGCAGGCCGAGGGCAUGUGAAGAAGGUCUCGAUUCACGGGACGAAGAAGUUGCCAAGCCGCAGCAACACGGGCAACACCAGCGGCUACGCUGAGGAGACCAACAUAUACACCGAGACGAGAAUGUUGCAAGACCAGUCAAGACGGCUUCUCUACAUUGGAGAUGCCUCGACACUGUCCAUCCUGCAGCUGAUCCGGAUUAUUGUCGAAAGCACAUCGGGGACAGAGAUGGGGUCUCCUUUUAUCGACGAUCCUAAGAGGCAUCGCAUUCAGGAAACCAUCAUUGACUUUCCUGAGAACACACGGGUACCGACCCUGUUGCCGGACCAGGAAACAACCCAUGUUCUCAUAGCUUCCUAUUUUACAAAUACCUGCGGGAUCGUGGAGGUGUUUGACAGAAAACAGUUUAUGCAGUCGGUGGAGGCUUGCUAUCGGGACCCACCAUCGGCCAACAACUACUUCUUAUGUCACCUCUUCUUGGUGCUGGCUCUUGGUCUCCUCUUUGCUGCGCCUACCCCAGGUAGCCGGGAAGAGCAUGUCAUCAACAAGCAGCUCUCUGCAAGGCCAGACAGGGCAGAGUUGUACUUUAGGAGCGCUCGAACGAUGUGUGAUCCCGGUGCUGGGUUUGAGGACGCUGACUUUUGGUCGGUUCAGGCGCUGUCGUUGAUGACGCUCUACAUGUUGACUAUCCCCAAGAGGAACACGGCGUAUGCUUAUCUCGGGAUGGCUGUUCGGUCAGCGUAUGCUUUGGGCCUGCAUAGAGAGGAGACGUUGAGGGAUGUCAUCUUUACGCCGGGAGAGAUGAAAGUCAGGCGGAACUUGUGGAAGACACUGUUCAUUUUGGAUCGAUUCUUGGCGGCAACCUUGGGCAGGCCCACCGCCAUCUCGGGCCACGACUGCUCGAUGAAUAUCUUCUCGGAUGAUGAUGCCGUCAACUCUAUGGAGAUCACUGGGGAGUUUGACCCGGUUCACGCCAAGAGCUUGCAUGCUUGUGUCGAGACCUGUCGGAUAAUUGGCGACACGUUGAGGGUCUUUUCUUCGCGCAAGAUUUCCACCACGAAGGUGCAGGAGAUCAUCAACGACAUGUCUAUGGACUGGGAAGAUGAUUUACAAGCUGCCCUGCAACGCCGUCUAUCAAACGCCGGUCCUGCUCGAAGCCCGGCGCAUGGCAUGGCAUCCUUACAUGUCAACCUUCUGGCACUCCAUUCACUGAUCCUUCUUACCAGGCAGCUCUUUGUUAUGCACAACUGGAUGCUUGUCGAGCAGCGGUCUGGGAAGAAGAAGCCCUCACCAAUUCACGAGUCGCCCAUGGCGAGGUUCUCAGAGGCCUGCGUCCUGGCUUCCUACCAAACGAUUCAGCUUGUCCAGCAAGCUCGAGAAGAACAACAGCUCCCUCGAAGGAACCCUUUUGUCAUAUACUUUGUCUUCGCCGCCAGCCUCGUCAUCCUGAUGAACCAAUUCUCGUGCCUCUACUACACAAACGCCUACGACAAAACCAUCCGCGACGCAGUCGAUUUCAUGGAAUACUGCACCAAACUCGACCCCCAAGCCGAGCGUGUCCUCGACAUCAUCACCCGCUUCGCAAAAGUAGUAGACAAAUGGACAAAAAAAAACAAAUACGACGCCCCCCCCUUAUCGGAAGACCUCUCCUUCCUCUACAGCCACCCGUCCAGUCCCCAACCCGAGCUUGCCAAUACCCUGUCGGGAGGACCAGUAGUGGCAAGUCCCCUCCAGGAAACCACCACCCACCCCGACCCAUCCCAUCCCAGUUAUCCCCCCCAACACCACCGCUUUAGCGACCCCGGCCUGUUGACUCCCCCCCAAAUAACCUCCUCCAAAAUGCCCCUGUCUGACAUCCUCGCCCCCACAACCCAACAGGACACCCGCAUGAACGGCAUGUCACCCCUCCUCCCACAACAACAACAACAACAACAACAACAACAACAACAACCGCCACCACCCCAACAACAAACCCAAAACGACUCCCCUGGUUAUAACAGAGAAAUCGAAUUCGACUUUGACAACCUCUGGAACAACUGGCUCAACCUCCCCCAACCAGCCAUCGUCCCUCCCACACCCACGGCGGGCAUAUCACCCCUCACCGGGCCACCGCAGUUCUCCCCCGUUGCGGCGGCAGCCCAGCCGGAGCCUUUUCCCGGUGCGUACACCACCACUCCUGUUGUUGUUCAUCACUCUCCCCCUGGGGUUCCCGUCUUGGUUGUCACUGGGGGACAACCAGCGAUCGGGCAUGCGGGGAUGGGGCAUCAUCAUCAUCAGCACCAUCAUCAUGGAAAUAACAUACCCUUGUAUCACUCCUCGAGUACAUUUGGCUGA